UGGGUGGGAGAAACGCAGUCGUGGUCGUCGCUGUUGUGAGUUGUGUGGUUACUGGAGGUUGUGUAGGAGAAUUCUUUUGGAGUGUAACUAAGGAACGGGUACUUUGAGUGAUUCUACAAAUCAUUUUACCUGAUAGUAUUGUUUGCUGAGAUUAUGAAACAUCUUAUCUUUCGAUAAUGUGGGUGUAAUUGAGUGUGCGCUGUUGCGGAGUGGUACAGUGUAGUGCGCGCGCGCGGAAGCUAGGAAGUAGUUCCAGUACGGGCGAUGCCUUUUUUUUUUUGCCCACUGCCUUCUUACUCACACGCGCGGAUAGAACGAAAGUGAGCUGGAGUGCCAGGUGGCUGUGCCGGUCGGCAGAGGAUGGCUAGUUCGCCGUAAACAUAGUAUUUCAGUGACGUUCGGAUGCGUAGCGUAAUAUUAUUAGAAAAAGCAAGAAAUUUCUUAGAAAGUAUAUUAGAAGGUGCUUUCUGCUGUAGAGUGUCCCCAAAGUGCAGAAACAAACUUGUGAGGGUAUCAAGUGUUGCAUGAGUUUUUAAGCUUCCAAGUGGGGGGCAUGAAAAAGUACCCUAAUUGACAUCCGACACGAAGUAAUUCGUGUAGUUGUGCCCUUUUUUUACUUUUAAAGGAGUAUAGAGAAGACUGGAGUUGGAAUUUGUUUCAACGGGGAAAUAACAACGAACUUAUCUCAGUGUGUUAUCAAGGAAGAAGUCAAGGAGUGAAUACAGAUCCUGAAGCAAUGGGGAAGUUCAGCAGAGGUGCUGUGUUGCUGACGUCUUGUUUGUUUGCCGCGAUUACAGAACUUGUACUGGGGACACCAGAACUCAAGAUUCUGCCCUCACAGCCGACUUUGAACCGGGCCAUCCAUCACAGCAUGCUGCUAUCUUGCCGGGUUGAUGUUGAGAACAAGGACCUUGUGACCAAUCUGCAAUGGCACGACCCCACUGGCAGAGUAAUUGGGGAUAACAGUGAUAGGUAUAGUGUAGAAGCAGGAAUGCACACAGAGCGUAUGCCAGAUGGUUUGGCCCUCAUCAUCCCCAUGCUGCAAGAGAGGCAUGCAGGGAACUACACUUGCACUGCAAAGUAUGCAAACACAGAAGAGUUGUCCAAGAGUGUGCUUAUCAAAACAUUUGUUGCCAUAACAUGGGAAGAUGCCCCAGAAGAGCAAUACCCAAUCGUCAGCUCGAAUUACAAGAUAAAGUGUAAAGUGACAGCAAAUCCAGCUCCUAUUGUAGAUUGGCUGCAGAAUGGUGAGCCAAUACAGAUUGGUGGGCGCUAUAUUGUUGAAACAGAUGGUUUGCUUAUAGUUAAAGCAACAGAAGCAGAUGAUGGCACAUACACAUGUCGUGCAAUAGUGAUUGACACUGGUGAACUCUCAGAGAGAAAUAUUCGUGUCGUGGUCCACACACCGCCUACAUUUGACAAGAUGGAGUCAUCGGUGAGAGUGGUGGAAACGGAGACUGCUUCAGUGACCUGUAAAGCUAGUGGGAAACCUCCACCAACCUUUUCAUGGAUCAGAUUACCUACUCAGGAAGAUUUAGCAACUGCUGACCGUUUCUCUGUGGACAAAUACACAGGAACCCUUACAAUCAGGGAUGUUUCCAAGGAUGAUGAUGGAGAUUAUAAGUGUGUUGCUACAAAUGCUGCAAAUAGUGUUGAGCAUGUAGUGAGGAUCAGUGUUACUCUGAAGCCUCGUAUUGUGGCAUAUAAGAAUAUCUCCAUCGCCACUGAUAAAGAGGCAAGACUUUCUUGUAGUGCCUCUGGCAGACCUAUGCCCAAAGUUACCUUCAGAAAGUUGACAUCACCUGAUAGGUUUGUAAUUGGAGUUCAGAGGGAUGAACGCAUUGUUGUGGAGAAUACUCAAAAUACUGAGAGAGGUGAAACAGUUGGUACCCUUAUAAUUUCAAACAUCUUACGUACUGAUGAUGGCCUAUAUGAAUGUAUAGCAACAAAUGAGGGAGGUGAGGCAUUCAGGAAUGUUCAUUUGACAGUAGAGUUUAUGCCUUCUUUUGCAAACACACCAAUGCAAGAAGCAUGGAGUUGGGAUAAUAACCCUGUUAACAUCACAUGUCUGGCAGAAUCAAUACCUAAUGCAACUAUCAGUUGGCGUAUGAACACUGUUGAGAUUAAUGAGAAAAACAAUGAUAUUAACAUCCGGAAAUUUGGUGAAGGGCCUCUGAGCUCACUGCAGAUAACACCAAUUGGCCAGAAAUAUUAUGCUCGCUACACUUGUAGGGCAGUAAAUCAGCAUGGAUCAUCUGAACAUGUGAUUGUCCUGAAGGAGGCUAAACGUCCUUCACAUAUCUUACAAGCAAAGCUAGAAGUGAUUACUGCAACCACAAUAACAUUCUCCUUCAUUGGGCCAGCUGACAAUGGAGGUCUUCCCACAAGAAAGUAUGCUGUUCAGUAUAAGGAAGAAAGAAAGGAUUGGAAAGAUGCAAAAAACAAGACAUGGCCAGUUGAUUCUCCAUACAUCUUGGAAGGAUUGGAGCCACAAACAACCUACAACUUUAGGUUUGCUGCUCAGAAUGACGUAGGGUUUGGAGAUUGGGCAGCCAGUGAACAUCACACCAUGCCCAAGAGAUCCUACCCAGAAGAGCCCCGUAUCCUCUCAAACCCUAGAGAAGAUGGUGUGGUUAUGUCACCAUACUCAGAUCACUAUGAGCUUACAUGGAGAAUUCCUGCAGACAAUGGAGAACCUAUUGAUAUGUAUAGCAUCAAGUACUGCCCAGUGACACAAGGAGAAGGUUUCUGGAAAGCCAUGGAAUAUCAGUGUGAAACUAGGGAACUAUCGUCUGCAGAGCAUACAACAUAUAAGCUGGGAAAUCUAAUUGCUGACACGUACUACAAAAUAGAACUCCGAGCCCGCAACAAAAUUGGUUUCAGUACGCCCGGGGAAGUUAUUAUUAAGACUGCCAGAGAUCCCAGCAAUACAGGUGGGGAUACCCCAGUGCCUGCAAAUGAGGGACCUGCAUUGAGCUCAGGUGCUAUUGUGAGCAUUGUGGUGGCAUCACUGUUUGUGAUCCUCAUCUUUAUUGACCUGUCAUGCUAUCUGGUGAACCGGACAGGACUUCUGAUGGUGAUCUGUGAGAAGGUGCGGGGCAGUAAGGCAAGUGAUGAAGAUGCUAAGCUUGGCAGCUUAUACAGUUGGCGCUUCCCCCUCCCAUAUUGCAGCAAUAAGGAUUCAUCUGGGCCAGACUUGAGCAUGGAGAAGCUCCCCGAGACCAAAGUGUCCAUUGAUGAGAAAGAGCCUUUGAAAGAUGCUGGUAAGGAAGCUAUCAUCCAAGGAAGAAUUAAGAAAGAAACAUCUGUGGAUUUCGACAUGAAGAAAUCAAUUUCCAGAACAAGCUUUGUGGGCAAAGACUCAGCUGUAUAGAUGCAUACCUUUGAAAUGUCAGAAUGAAAACUGACAAUAACAAAUACAAACACAUUAAGCAGAGUAUGGAUUGGUUGCAGCUUGAAACUGAAUAUGAUGGCCUUCUUAUGCUUUGGAUAAUUUAAAAUGUCCAUCUACUCAUUCAGUUUAAGAAUAGAGGGCCAGAUUGCUGCAUAUUGUGUCUUAUAACAAGAAUUUACCCUUGCUUAUUGUACAUUUGCUGCAGAUUCAACAGCAGUUAAGACUUUACAGGACACUGUGAUUCAGUUGAGGUUCCGAAUGAACCAUAUUAGUGUAACAUGUCAUAUAUUUCUUUCCUGUGUCCAUUAUAUCAGUAUUGCAAAACUUCAGAGGAACAUACUGCAACCCUCAGAGAUGUGUUUAGUGAAGCAAAUGCCCAUGCUAACCACAGGUAUACUACUUCAAGCUUAUAUUUCUUAUUGCUGUCAUUCCAUAUAUGCAAGUGAUUCGUUAAUAUUGUCGCCAUUACUUGAUGUAAUGACAUUAUCUUUAAACCUGAGUUCAGUCAUUACAGUGGAUACAAAACCAUAUAUAUAUACACGUGUUUACUGAUGCUAUGUGGAGAAUGCUUUUGUAUGCAUAUUUUAUCCUCAAUUGUGGCCUAUAUAAUUUUAAUUUAUAUAUAGAUGUAGCGUGAUUUAACCCUUUGGGCAGUGGUUAUGUGAUAUGUGCAUCAAGAAAUAGAUGGUAUCUUAGCUUUGUAGUGUUUUAUCCCAUAACAGCAGGCUCAGAUAUUUGUGAAUACAACUUAUUAUUUUUACCCACAAGGUUGUGGUGUAUUCAUAUUGAAGAAAAAUGCACAGCAUUUGGAAAAUGAGGUUCAGAAGCAUGAUACAUAAGAUACCGUAGGAGAAUAUGUGAGGAAUACAUAGAAAGGACUGAAAGUGUUCUGGAAAAACAGGACAUAAUUUUUGCAUUGAAUUUUAUCUAUUGAUUCAGUGUGAAUUUAUUUAUUAGCUGACAAUUGUGUGGAGAAUACCAUAAUAUUGUACAGAGUAACCUGAAUAUCCUUUUUCUUGUGUCUUUAUAUAAAAUAAUUAUUGAUUCUUCCAUCUUUGGCUGUGCUGAAAAAACAUGUUUUCUACAGCCCCCUUCUACGAGGUGUCUGUUGCAAAUUGUUCAGCUCCACCACUUACUCGUGUUAUACUACCUUAAGGGUUUAUAUAUAUAUAUAUAUAUGUAAGUUAUCUGUGUACUUAGUGUCAUGGUUGACAGAAUGCCACUGUUCAGAGGGUUGAAAGUGGACUGUUAUGAGUAACAAUUUUUAAAUGUUUGAAAUCGUGGUCCAGUCACUUCAUCUGAUUUGGCAUUAAGUACUGAGAACUCUGUUUGUGUAAGGUAGCAUACUCGAAUAGAUGAUCGAAAAUAGACAUUCUGUUGACCAUAAGCUUUUACUUUAUUGGAAGGCCUGAAAAUAUUUUUUAAUUGCUGGCUGAGUUUCCUUUUAAAUAUCGCAAAUGUCCAAGUAAUUAGUAAGUAUAGGUCAGUUAUUGUACUGAGUUCUUCUCUUGAAAACAGAAUAAUUUGCUGAAUAUAAACCUUGAGGUUUAUAAAUUUCAGGAUCAUGUUCUGUGUUGAACACUACAAAUAAGACUUAAAAAGUAGAAAGUGCAAAAGUUACAUAUGUUGCAUUUGAAUAUAUUGCCGCAAAUUUCAGGUUUAUUGAUUUCAGAAAAGUUCUGAAAAUGUGCUUCCCUUAUCAACAUCUUACAAAGUGAGGUACAAAUUUUUUCCCAUUAGACUGAUAUGGAGCUUAAUACAGAUUUUGAAGUCCUUUAUCUAUUGUGACAGUAUAUUAAAUAAGAUAAAAUCAAGCCACAUUGGAAAGUAGUUUUGCUACCUAUGAAUAACGGUAAUAAAACCUCUGUUCAAUAUGACUGAAAAUAUUUUGCUCCAAUUAUCUUACAGUUUGCCUAUGAACAGAUCUAAUGCUGUUCAGUGAAAUAAAAUAGUUUGUAGGUGAGGACGAAGCGGACCAAGUCUCUUAAAGAAUUAAUUUUGAUGCACUGGUAAACCAAACUCUUCAUAAUAAGUGACUGUUGCAACCAUUUCCUUUAUUUAAGGGUCAAUAUUCACAUACCUGUUUGCUUUCAAAUAUAGUUUUCAUGAUUUUGAACAUUUCAUGUUGAAUGUGUUUUACUCAACAUGUGUUAGUUUGGACUAAUAUAAUACUCAUUGAUUUUCAAGUUGCUGACAGUCUUCAUAGAGAACUGUGUAGUUGAGCAGUGUAACAAACUAUUCUGUCUCAAAUGACAGUGUUCUUGCAGAAAGCUUGAACCAAUGGAACUGAAACAGUGACACACCAGGUAGUUUUGGUUGUGAUGCAACUAAGAGACAGAAAGCAACUGAGCAGUGUCCCAAGUAACUAAUGACAUCAAAGUGACAACAUUGACUGCUCUAAAUUAUCAUGUGUCAGAUUCUGCUGUUUGAAAUAGAGGGCUACAUUUAUUUAGCAAAAAAAGAAUUCCUUCUUUAAUGUUCAUAUAUGAGCAGCAAAAUGUUCACCAAUUUUAAUUUAGAUUGCAACCAAUCGCUUGUAGUAUUCUUUUAAACUGGAAUGUGGCUGGGAAAAAGAUGAGAAUGAAAUUUGUGUCAUUUAUGAUUAUCACAGUAUUUUUUCAACAAUGAAAUUCAAUAAUAUUUCAAAGUCUCGUAGAUUCUGUAGUCUCUGAUAACAAUUGGAACAGACAAUUUUUGUACCAUAUUCAUAGUUAUUAAUUGUUCUAGGUAAAGACCUCUUAAUUCUGUGAAAACUGACCCUUACAUAGAGCUUAACUCUCAGCUGUAUAAAGUAUUAUUCCUUCCAGUAGCUAGUGUGGUCCAUGGCAGUCAAGUGAAUGCUUUUGAAGAACAGACUGAAAGAUCAUAAACUGGAAAUAUUGAUGUACUCUAAUAAUUUCAGUGACUCUUUCAUUGCAAUGUCCUCAGUAUUUAUAUGUAGCUUUUCAUUCUGAUCCACAAAUUUAAAAUCCCUGUUCUAAACAUGUUUUUCUUUCUUUUUUUUUUCUUUCAAAUUAACAUACUUCUUGCUGCAAUAUUAGCAGAGGUUUAGUAUUCCUAACCAUAUUAGGUAGCAUACGUACCCAGAGUAUUCACCAGUGGUCCUUUAUCUGAUAAAUGUUGUAAAAGGAAUACAAGACAUCAAGGUACUUUCUAAAAUUUCCAAUGUACUGACAAUAACUUAACUUUUAUUUUGUAAGAAAUGUAUGGAUGGUACUUAUUUCUUUUAGUCAGUAAAAGAAUAUUGUGUAUUUAUUUUUACAGCAUUAAAAUGUGCAAUGAACUGAGAAUCUGAUAUUGAAGGCAGAGGGAAUUUAGUUAUGUGUAUGUCCUCUGUUAUAGGAUAGAGACAUUAAUUUACACUUAUUAAAACUUUGGAUAUGCUGGUAACAUAAGCCUUAA